CGAUAUUGGAGACCUUGCUCUAGCAUAUAUCAACAGAGUAAUUCCCGAGUUAUCCAACAUUUUUAGUUGUAUCAAUCCAACAAAGAUGUCCACCCCCUCAAAUACUGCUGCUACUCCAGCUUCCUCGGCUAAGUUUGACCAGGAAAAGUUAUUGGCCACUGUUAAGACUUCGCAAUUUGCCUGGUUUGUCGGCCAUCUCGUCACCUUGAUCAGUGUCUUCUUCUAUGUGCUCACUUACAUCAAGUUCGGUGUUGGCCUUUACAAGUUCUGGUUCGUGUUGGCCCUUGUAGGAGUUGUUGAAAGUUUCGGAAUCUUGGUAUUCCAAUCUAUCAAGAAGAAUGGGUUUGAUUUCGGCCAGUUGAUCAAAGACGAUAACACCUUCUAUUUCCUUCUCGGAUCGUUGUUGUUGUUCGUCAGAUCGCGUGUGUUGUUGACGUUGUUGCCAUUUGGCUUGUUUUCGUUCUACCACGUCUUGACGUACGCCAACGGCUACAUUUUGCCCAUCUUCAACUUGGAAAACUCGGCCAUCUCAUCCAAGAUCGGUUCCUUUGUAGCCAACACUAACAACAAGUCGAUCCAGUUGGCUGCUCUCUUGGAAGUCGUCACCUACGGGUACUUGUUCCUCAGAGUGAUUGCCUUCAGAAAGAGAUCAUUGUCUCCUUUCCUUAUCUACACUGUGUUUUUGAAGAAGAAGUUCGAGACCUCUGUCUACACCAGAAACUACUUCAAGGCUGCCGAGGUCCAAGUGGACAACGUCGUCAACCAGAUCGGCCAGCCUCAGGUCAAGAAGGUGUGGAUCCAGAUCAAGGAUGUGUUCAAGAAGAUCGGUACUGUCCACUUGGUCCACGAUCCUACCAAGGACAAGCUGAUCUAGGCCCCUAAGAUAUACAACAAAUUCUAUCUCAAUUAUCUGCUCAUUUGUCUACUCAAUUGUUUGCUGACUUGUCUACAGAUUUGUCUACUCAAUUGUCUACUCAAUUGCUCAACUACGUUUACUAUUGAGUUAUGGUGUGUUGUAGAAUCAACCAGUACUGGAACACUCCGUCGUCGUUUGUUAUUGUAACGUGUAUAUGUAUAUUGCUGUUUGUAGUAAGUAACACCUUUUUUAUCGC